AGAGAACGACAAAGAGCUCAGUCCUGUUUCCCACGGUGAAUCGGGUGGAUGUUCUCUCUUUUUUUUAAACACAUCUCGAUACCUCCACAGCACUCACCAUGAAGUACAGGACGGUGGUGAUGUACAUGGAGAUCGGCUGCUUUGUGUCCUGCCUGUGUGGCUGGAUCCUGGUUUGCUCCACUCUGCCCACAGAGUACUGGACUUUCUCUGAGGUGGGCAGCAUCGUUCUCACAACCUCCAACUACUACUCUAACCUGUGGAGGGACUGCAUCUCCGACACCACGGGGGUCUCCGACUGCAAGGACUACCCCUCCAUGCUGGCCCUGCCUGCGUUCCUCCACGCCUGCAGAGCGCUCGCUGUCUCCUCCGUCAUCACCGGUUUCUUCGGAGGCGUCCUCACACUCGUAGGGAUGAAAUGCACUAAAAUAGGGGGAUCAGAGAUUGCCAAUGCGAGGGUGACCUUUGCAGCUGGUAUCACCUACCUGGUUUCAGGAUUCUGUGGUAUCAUCACCUACUCAUGGUGGGCCAACAAACUCGUGACAGAAUUCUUGGAUCCAACUUUCAGGGCACAGAAAUUUGAAAUUGGAGCUGCUGUUUUCGUUGGCUGGGGAGGCUCCACUCUUCUCAUCUCUGGAGCAGCAGUGAUGACUUACUUCUCUGGAAAAGAAGGUCUACCAUCAAGUUCUCCAAAAAGGCCUCGGGGGCCGGCCACUUACGCCACUGCCAGGACCAGACGGACCUACAUGCUGCCGGCCGCGUCCUCCAGAGUGACCUUGGGGCCGCCGCUUUACUAUGAAGGCAGGAAGAGCCGAGGGUCGAGAGCACCGAUGAAGACCAGGGCGACCUUCAACAGGGACAGCUUCGUCUAAAGUCUGAGCUGAGGAAGUGACUUUAAAGACUGAAUUAGAAAAAUCAACUCCACUUCAGUGUCUUGAUGUCCAAUAAGAAGCCACAGACAGCAUUCUGUUAAUGCAGUAUGGAUAACUCUUCAUCUGUUCCACCCUACCUGCCUAGUUGGAUACUCAGAAAUCCAUACAUCAACAUUUAUUUUGUUGUUCAUUUAAUGGAAAGGUAAGGAAGCCUAUUUCCAUCAGUAAGUUGAAAACAAAAUGGAAACUUCCCCUGUAAACAUGAAGGUCCUUAUGAGUUAGAAGACGGUCUUAAAAUAAAUACUUAGUAUGUAGAGACACUAUAGCAAAGGUAACCCUGAUGCUGCAAUAAGUCUUAUCUGCCUUCUAUUUUCUUUGUCACUCAUUGCUCAUACAGUACCUUUACAGCAUGUGAUAGGACUUUUGAAAUUAAGACUUUCCACGCUUUAUUCGCCUCAUCUAACCUUUUCUAGCGUCUUGCCUUCAUCAGGUAUGCGUCUUGGGUUGUAUCACUUUCACUUUAUACAUUAUUCAUCAGUAAAGUGACUUAUAGACGACCAAUGAUACUGUGCUAACAAAACCAACACAACACUUUCAGAAAGUAUAACUAUUGAUGAGCAUAUGUCCAUAUCAGGUAUGAUUAGGCAUCAUACAGAGUAGUUCUGCACUUCCUCCAGGUCGCCAGAAGAUGGCGCUCAAAAUCAGACCAUGAAAUGAUGAUGUUAGGUACAUAGUAUCUUUGGUGGCUAUAAGUCACAUUACUGAUCACUUAUUCAACCCCAGAGUCCACCCUGAUGAAGGAAAGACAGCUGAACAUUGUUUGGUCAAUGAAGCAUUCCCCCUGCACAAGAGCCAAUGAUAUUGGAGGAGGCCAUGAUGUCAGAGCAGGGAGCUGUCACAGCUGUCUCCCUCCAUAAAAACCCAGUUGCUCACAUUACAAAUGAGCUUCAAGGCCGAGUCAGCCAAUAGGAGAGAAGCACUGCCGCUAAAGCUGUCUGCUAAUAGUUGUCACACUUGUAGGAAGUGUUCAAAUCAUUACCAACAUAGCCAAAGCACACAAAAAACACCAUUAACCGAAAUAUCAAAAUGAAUGACAUUUUAGGCAUCACAUCUGAGAGUGCUGUGUAGUUAGCAGAAAUGCCCGUCAGAAGUUACAGUCAUCAUUUUGAAUCAUGUUAUUUAUUUAAACCAUAAUGUUUUGAUAUGCAGCUAAUCGUUGACACUUCAUGUUUCGUUCUAUUAUAUUUUUCUACGUUACUUUAGCCAUGUAGGGAACAAAUAUGGUUUAUAUGACGUUAUAUAAAAUAAAUGACAUUCAUGACAUUGCUUAUACAGUUAGACAGACUUGAUUCUACAGAGACAUUUUUUAUUGCUUGUUUAAAUAUUUUCUAUACAUCAUCACAUUUCAUCGCUCCAUUUGACACUUGAAGCAUUAUCAAAGUUGAUUUACAAAAUGUCAUACAAACUACAUAGAGUACAGCAUCUCCUUUGGAGUGUUAGUUAAUAUAUAAAAAGAGAAAUGUAUUUAUUGUUGAACACUGCAAAGGUCUAAGGCAAGCAAAGAUUGGCACAAGGCGAGAGUGAAAAUGAGAAGACAGUUAAAGCUGUAAUCCAACAUGUUUGAUUACAAAGUCCCUUUAUGUAUUGCUCUCCCCCUCUCUAUUAUAGCGUCUAUAGAAUUACAGUAUAACAUAUGGCUAUGGUGUCAGAGGAGUUGAGGUCUUUGUGUCUGUGCUUGGCGUAGAGCUGCCUCACCUGAUCAGCUGUAGUGUUAUUUGUAUUUAUUGCUAAUGUCCUCCGAGUCGCUGAUGUCACUGAGGGAGCACAGGCUGCUCUUCAGGGUACUUCCUGUUCCUGCUUCAGUCAGACCUGCGGGGGAACAAGACAGCUGUUUUUACUUGACUGCUAAACAGAUAGAAGAAGCUUCAUGCAUAUUAUUAUAAAACUACAUUUACACAUCAACAAAUCCUAAAACCAAGAUCAUAAGGUGUGUUGAUAUGUAACAUUUUGUAUUUAAGCGUCUAAAAUUGUGUAAACCUUUGAUUUUGUUUCAAAACAUUUUUCACACAUAAAAUUCUUUAGCUUAAAAUCAAAGUGCGCUCCAUUUACUCGCCUGUAGUGGCUUUUACGCCGCUCUGUUGAUCUUAUGUCAGAGUUUUCUGCCAACAGCUGUCAUGAAUCUAGUUUCAAGCCACAUCAUUGACAUACACUUUAGGGUUGUGGUCAUUUUUGUCUAUAUAUUUCAAAAGGAGCAAAGAUUUCAGUCACAGCAGAGAGAGAAACAAGCGAGAGUCAAAGCAUUAGCUUGGCUCGCAGCUCCUCCAGGACGUCCAUUUUCCAGCAAACAGCACGGAAGAAGCAGUGAUUGAGAAACUUUAUUCCCUCUUUUGUUUUUGUUCUAAUUGAGAGACCCUCUAUGGGUACUGAAAAUCAUUUGUGCGUUGAAGUUAUUUGUGGGACUGACCUGAUUUGGGAGCCUUUCCCGUAGAUGUUCCCCAGACGCUGGUGCUGGGUGAGUCGAGGCUCUUCCUCGUUGGUGCGGUGUUUUGAACAGGUUUAGACAUCUCCAGCCUGUCCUCUAAGGAGGAUCCCAGCCAAUCACUGCUCUCCUCCAGAUCUGUGUACUGUUGACACACACACCCACACACACACACACACACACACACACACACACACACUUAACAUCCAGUACAGCAAAGGAAUGCACUAGGUUCAAUCAAACAGUGAUUCUCACCGUGAGCUCCUGAACCUCGUCCUUCCUCUCAGGAAGGAUGCUGACGCCCCCUACUGGUUUCUUUAGUGAUCGCUCGGCAAACUGCUUCUCCAUUUUUCUGGCCAGGUCAUUGAUUUUGUUCUCUAAAAGAAAGACAUUAAAAGAAAUACAUUCAUGUUAGUGCUGCUCAAGAGAAACACGUGCUAAAUGUCCCCUUUGAAUGAUUUAUUAGUAAAGUUGUAAUUCAUUUCUGUAUGGUUUAAACUGACUGGGAAUAAACUCACCUUUGCCAACGUU